UUUCUCCCGGAGAGUUAGCAGAGUUCCCGGAAAACGCAGGAAGAGUUUUCGCUUCAGCUGAAGAGUUUGAGAAAGUUUUGCAAACUUUGGAGCGGGCCAGAUGUUAACCCAGGACUAACUGGGAUUUCCUCAAACAUUGCGGGCAGGAUAGGUUUAGGUUUUUAAAAACAGUCUCUCUCUCCUGCCCCCAAUUACUGAAUUUAAGGAUGAAUUUUAAACAGGGUCACUCUGUAUUGGGGUCAGUUCAGGAGCUGGCAUUCCAGGACUGUUCCUGGAAUAUAUUGUGCCUUUCUCCGGAAUUACUGAAUUCACUAAACCAGCAGAACCUGCACCCCCACCUCCAGUCUGAGAUUAACUAACACACGUCCCAGGCUCAGGUUAGAAAGGCAGUAAAAUAAUUGAAAUAUCUAUUAGUUAUGGUCGUUAGUGCCUUUAACUAUUUCUGCAGUUAAGACUAUUUUAAAUUAAUGAAAAACCUAAAAAAACCUGUGGAUGCUGGAAAUCAGAAACAAAAUCAGAAAUUGCUGGAAAGUCUCAGGUCUGACAGGAUCUGUGGAGAGAGAAACCGAGUUAAUGUUUCAGGUCGUGACCAUUUCUCAGAACGGGACCAGCAUUCCCAUCUCUCUGGAUUUGGUUGUUUUCCUGCUGAAGUUAUUCUGGGAAUUAGGGAGAAUCAGCAGGUAAUUCCCAGCUGUUCUGUCAGAUCAGCCCUGACCCUCACCAGCCAACUACCAAUGCCAAUCCUUCCAGGUUUUCCCAGGAAUGCGAGGGUGUGGAUAAAUGUUCCAGAUGUGGGAAGCCUCUUUAUGCUGCAGAGAAAAUAUUCGGAGCUGGGAAGUCGCGGCACAAGAAUCGUUUCCGAUGUGCAAAGUGCAGGAAGAGCUUGGCGUCGACCACUGGCUGAGAAAGUGGGUGAGAUUUAUUGCAAGAAUUGCUGUGCCAAGAACAUCGGGCCAAAAGGACUUGGAUUUGGUCAAGCUGCAGGGAGUCUUAUACACACACAGUUACAGACAUUCCUUUCAAAGUUCAAGAACUAAUUCUGUAAUCCACUACAAGAUAUGUUUGUUUAGGUGGUUAUAUUCCAGCUGGUUACAGGAGAUGAUAACACAAACUGGUUGCUAGGCAGUUUUCAAAUGCAGAAUUUACUGAGGAGUUAAAGUGAAGGAAUUACAUUCCUGCGGAUUGUACAACCCUGGGUUUAAUGUGAGUUGACUCUGUGAAGCAAUAAAGGUUUUUCUUCUA